GCUGUCAAACAAGUUGAAUGUUUACCUGCCGAACGGUACCGAAUUUGUUUGUGAUGCUUUGCCGGACGGAUUGUUACCUGUUCUGUGUGUUCAAGUGAUCGUAUCCUGUGGUGAUUAAAGGCCAGCGCAAAUCAUCUACCUCACAGCUGAAGAAUUAGACGAAAUAACUACCUCAAGCACACAAUGAGUGAAGUUAAAACUUCCUCGAGGACCGCUACCAGCGUAACGUCAGAGAAGGAAUUCGGCUCGUCCUCGGAGGAGGACGGUUAUCUUUCUCCAUACAACGGGUCAGAAGAUGGAAGCGUUCCGUUCAAUGCAGCAGACGACGGAAGCUUGAUGGACGAAUUGCCACCGUUUUCUGCCUUCACUCUGUCGCCAUCGGCUCGAUCACUAUCGCCGAUCGAAUUGGAAUCGUUUGAAUCGUCGGCACACUCCACACCGCACGCCCGACGGGAGUACAUAGGCUGCAGCACACCUGUUUACAACACGCCACCCGCCAUGCCGCACCAUGACGACACCAGGAAUCCGAAGGAAGGGUUUAUUUCGCUGGACGAAAUACAUGCUCGCAUCGGUUUAACACCCCCGGAUGUGAAUGGGAGCCGCAGUCGCUUAAACUUGGAAACCAUUUUCGAAGGCGUGUUUCUGGAGACGCCGCCGAAAAAAGAAUUCCAAUCGAAGGGGAAUCUGUUACGCCGAUCGAUUAAAAAUCGUGCGCUACAGUACGAAAAGUCUGAGGAAAAAGAGAACAUUGCAUGACAGCAUUAGGCGUUCCGAACAUUUCGAGUUUGGAAUAAUUUUAGUGUAUACCUUUUUAAGGAUUAGAGCAACGAAUAUGUACUAAAAUUGCCAUAGUAUAAGGAAAGGUAGAUAGACAGUUUUUUAAAGAGCAGUAAAACGUGACAUUAAAAUUUGGAGUUGAAAUUCAGCGCAUUCCAAAAAUUAAUUGCUGAUCGAUUAGUUAGACACGUUAGAUGUUCUGAAUAAAUAUCCAAGUGCACUGUGGAGUGCAAAAGCGGUUACA